GCGGGGACAAGAGCGCGGGGACGGAAAUAGGCGGCACUAAGACCACGAAACUAAACGUUGUGACUUGGGAGCAAGGCAAGAAUGGGAGCUUCGGAAACUUAUUGUUAUUGAGGGCGCAGGCAGCUCGUGGAGAGGACAGCGCGCUUCCUGCCUCACUCGCAAUGACCAAAAUGCGCAUGAAGACACAGUCAAGACAAAGCCGAUAUCCCAGUCCCCAAGUGGCGACGCAUUAAAUCCGCAGGGCUGCUGCACAGUUCACCCGGAGUGGAAAGCCUGGCCAAGGCGCAUCUGUUGAGGGAGCGCAACUCUGAUGCACAACUUUGAGCAUCCAGGACUGGAUUAAAGCUCGUGUGGGAUCUGACAGAGCAGAUGAGCGACGCGGUGAUAUCAAGGGCGAAACUGCGUCCAGCGCCUGGGGACAGCUGGUCAUGCCUUUCUGCCUUCUUUCUUUUGAAUCUGUCCUGAUUUAUUUAUUUAUUUUUUUUAGUAAAGAGACAUGCGUCGUGAUCAGGCAGGUCUGAGUUCAUGUUUAGUUACCUGUACGCGCUGUACUGACUGACAUGCACUAACGACACCUGCGGAGGGAGACGAUCCGUAUGGUAACACACACGCUAGCAUGUCUGCACUUCGGAAAAAAUUUGGUGACGACUACCAGAUAGUGACCACUUCAUCCAGCGGCUCGGGCUUCGGCCAGGCCGCUCCGGAGCGGAAGCGGAAACGGCAGCGCUUCGUGGAUAAGAACGGCCGCUGUAACGUCCAACACGGUAACCUGGGCGGAGAAACCAGUCGCUACCUGUCCGACUUGUUCACCACUCUAGUGGACCUGAAAUGGCGCUGGAAUCUGUUCAUAUUCAUCCUGACCUACACGGUGGCGUGGCUCUUCAUGGCCUCCAUGUGGUGGCUGAUCGCGUACGCGCGCGGAGACCUGAGCCGAGCGCACGACGACAAGUACACACCGUGUGUGGCCAACGUGUACAACUUCCCCUCAGCCUUCCUCUUCUUCAUAGAGACCGAGGCCACUAUCGGCUACGGCUACAGGUACAUAACGGACAAGUGUCCCGAGGGCAUCAUUCUGUUCCUCUUUCAGUCCAUCCUCGGCUCCAUCGUGGACGCAUUUUUAAUAGGCUGCAUGUUCAUUAAGAUGUCCCAGCCCAAGAAAAGGGCCGAGACGCUGAUGUUCAGCGAGCACGCAGCCAUCUCCAUGCGGGACGGAAAACUCACGCUCAUGUUCAGGGUCGGAAACCUGCGCAACAGCCACAUGGUCUCAGCGCAGAUCCGCUGCAAACUGCUUAAAUCUCGACAGACCCCUGAAGGUGAGUUCCUCCCUCUAGAUCAGCUGGAGCUAGAUGUGGGUUUCAGCACUGGGGCAGAUCAGCUCUUCUUGGUGUCUCCCCUCACCAUUUGUCAUGUGAUUGACAGUAAAAGUCCCUUUUAUGAGCUCUCCCAGCGCUCCAUGCAGACCGAGCAGUUUGAAAUUGUGGUGAUCCUGGAAGGAAUUGUGGAAACCACAGGCAUGACUUGCCAAGCGAGGACGUCGUACACGGAAGAUGAGGUGUUAUGGGGCCAUCGGUUCUUCCCUGUCAUCUCUCUGGAGGAGGGAUUCUUCAAGGUGGACUACUCUCAGUUCCAUGCCACGUUUGAGGUCCCCACGCCACCCUACAGUGUAAAAGAGCAGGACGAGGCACUGCUCAUGUCCUCGCCGCUCACAGCUCCAUCGUUAUGUAACAGUGGUGAGAAGAACAACUCUCUGGACUGUCUGGAGCUUUUGGAGGAUGCAGAGACAACCACCAAGCUCCCAGCUAAGCUGCAGAAGAUGACGGGACGUGACGGGCUGCCAAGGAAGCUGCUCCGAAUGAGUUCCACUACAUCAGAGAUGACCUACAGCCUGGGAGACCUGUCCACAAAGCUGCAGCGCAUCAGCUCCGUGCCAGGUGUCUCUGAAGAAAAGAAUGUAUCCAAGAGCUCCAAAAUAAAUGCAGAGCCCAUCAGCCAAUCAGUGGCGGAUUUGCCUCCCAAACUACAGCGAUUGGCAGGGGGAGGGGGCGGAGGACGCAUGGACGGACACUUGCCACCCAAAUUACGAAAGAUGAACUCGGACCGCUUCACGUAAAUGACAUAAGCAACCACUCACAUGUACUAUACUUCUCCCUUAGGCUUGCUAGCAUGGACAGAAUCUUACGCCUAGCAUACCUAUAAAUGAGGACGACUUUAAUAAAGCACAUUUGUGGAGAUUUGUGGGUAGACAUGCAGCGAGCAAAUUCUUUCAGGUUGUGAUUUUUAAGCACAAUCUGGCAUGUAUGAAACACUAAGUGCAUGUUAAUGCAGUUUUUUGCUGUCAGGCAUGUUUUAUUUAGGCACGUUUAUUUGAAGAGUGAAUAAAAUUUGCCAAGACAAGCUGGUGAUCUGAACAUCAAGCCAUAUGAUUGGACAAUUCCUCAUACAUGCCUGAUGUUUAUUAAUUUUAUUUGUUCUUUUGUUGUCUAGUGUAAAAGUGUUUCUUAGAUUAUGUUAAAAUGCAUGUUUACUUGGAGAGGUAAUGUACUCUAAUGUUAGCCUUGAAUAUAUUACCUUCUUUCAUUUUUCUCAGCUUGUCCAUAGUUGUUUUCAAGAUUUUAAGAGACAGGGUAAGCUCCAUACUUCUACAAAAUGGGUUCAAGGGCAGUUCAUCAAAACAAUUUUAUAGAAGGAAAAUUAUGUAAGCUAAGUGGAUCUUAAUGGUUUUUAGAACUAUCAGCCCUGCAUUAAAGAAAAAAAAAAAUGAAAUUCCCAAAGUCAUUAUAAAUCCCUGAGCUCGUUUAGAGUCUGGAUAAAAAUCACUGCACUAGUAUCAAUGCAUUAUCCCCUCUGCCUAAAUUAAGCAAUAACUAAAUGCUGUACAAACACUGACCUCCGUGUAGCUACUUUGAAUAAUAUGUCUAUUGUAUUGACCUCUGAGACACAUGAACAUGGAUAAUUUGAGCUCCUGUACAUUCCAGUACAUGCCUUUUGUAGUAGACUGUUUGACAAGAACUAUAAUUAGUUUUUCAGCUUUACUUCAGCUUUUAAUUCAUUUUGACAGUUUACACAUAUUGUAGUCUAAUUAUAAUGAGACUGUUGUAUAAUUAUAUAACCAAAUACCAUCAAAAAUGAAGAUAUGGUUCAAUGUUUAAUCUUUGAAAUAAGCAUCAACUCACAUUUACUACCUAACCACAAAGUUAAUUCCCUCUCUCACUGCUUGGUUGACUGGCAAGGUAGAUUCAUGCAUGCAAGUGCCUGAUCCGCUGAAGUGGUGUCUAAAUCUUGUUAAUGCACCCUGACUGAGCAGCGCUCUCUCCCCUGAGCCUCUGUCUUUAUCACCAUGGAGAUCUCGGCACCUACUGCCAUUUACUGUCCCACUAUCAGCCUCACGGUGAGGAAAUGAUAGUGGAGAUGGCCUUGUGUUAUAGAAUAGAAGCUUUUACUCUGCAUCCAACAGAACACAGUGGCAAUAUCACCAUGCACGACCUGUAGAAGGAAAGCUGCUAUAGGUGGUGGAUAUCCCACUGUACCACUAACUGGGCUGCACCCUUUAUUAGCAUAAAGCACAAAGGUCUUGCUUUGUAACUUUAUAUGACUUCUGUCUCACUCUCUUUGUGUUUGGUAAGUCACAAUAAUAAGAGGGAAUGCACAAUUAUUUUCAUACCUUUUUGCCUGUUAACCAGAUCAAUUUAAAAUGGAACCAAGGCAAUGGAACUAAUCACCAAAUGUCAGGACUGCAUCUUGAGUCUUUUUUGUGUUGCUAAAAUGAUGUGAUAAUCAAGAACAUAAGUGUGGAAAAUGCCUGUUAUUUAUUGAGGAAGUCAGUGUCACAGUUUCCUAGAUUACCUCAGUUAUUAUCAUAUACAUAAAAUCUUAAGUCUCAGUUUAUUUAUGUCAAGUCUUAAAUAUACUGUAUAAGACCCAAUAAACCUUUCUACAUAUUUUGUUAGUAAAGUAAGCUUUCAUGUGUUCUUUAUAUCAUCCUAAAUAUACUGAGGGAUAAGCAUAAACCCUUAGGAAUUGCAUACAUAUGACGUAGUUGACCUUAGGAUACACAUAUAGGCAUAUCCAAUCUUUCCUGUGGUGCACUGUAAAAUAGGCUAAUGACAGCACACAAGCACGGCACAAUAAACUCUGAAGUAUUAUACAAUUAAGGUUAUCUGGUAUCAGUAUAGCAAAAAGAAAUUCUUAACUGUAUUGAUGAUAC